AUGUUCGGUCACCAGGACAACCGGCCCCGCGGGGCCCCGGCCAGCAUGAAGGAGGAGCCGCUGGCCGUGCGCUCCUGGAUGCACUCGACCGGCGUGGUGGACGCCAACACAGCCGCUCAGAGCGGGGUGGGGUUAGCCCGAGCUCACUUCGAGAAGCAGCCUCCGUCCAACCUCAGGAAGUCCAACUUCUUCCACUUCGUGCUGGCGCUGUACGACCGGCAGGGCCAGCCGGUGGAGAUCGAACGCACGGCCUACGUCGACUUUGUGGAGAAAGAGAAGGAGCCGAGUGGAGAGAAAACUAACAACGGGAUUCACUACAAGCUGCAGCUGCUCUUCAGUAACGGGGUUAGAACGGAGCAGGAUCUAUACAUACGUCUGAUCGAUUCCAUGACCAAACAGGCCAUCAUUUAUGAAGGGCAGGAUAAGAAUCCAGAGAUGUGCCGAGUCCUGCUGACUCAUGAGAUAAUGUGCAGUCGCUGCUGCGAUAAGAAGAGCUGCGGGAACCGUAACGAGACGCCGUCAGACCCCGUCAUCAUCGACAGGUUCUUCCUGAAGUUCUUCCUCAAGUGCAACCAGAACUGUCUGAAGAAUGCUGGGAACCCGCGAGACAUGAGACGGUUCCAGGUGGUGGUUUCUACGACAGUGAACGUGGACGGCCACGUUCUCGCCGUCUCCGACAACAUGUUCGUACACAACAACUCCAAACAUGGCCGCCGAGCCCGGCGACUGGACCCGUCUGAAGGUACGCAGGUUUCCUGGUUCACAUCAGCCACACCCUGCAUUAAAGCCAUUAGUCCCAGUGAGGGCUGGACGACAGGUGGAGCGACCGUCAUCCUGAUUGGAGACAAUUUCUUUGACGGCCUUCAGGUCGUCUUCGGCACCAUGCUGGUGUGGAGUGAGCUGAUCACUCCUCAUGCUAUCCGAGUGCAGACUCCUCCCCGUCACAUCCCCGGUGUUGUCGAGGUAACGCUGUCCUACAAGUCCAAACAAUUCUGUAAAGGAGCACCUGGACGAUUCGUUUACACAGCUCUCAAUGAGCCCACCAUAGAUUAUGGCUUCCAGAGGUUACAGAAGGUCAUUCCUCGUCACCCCGGAGACCCAGAGAGACUGCCCAAGGAGGUGCUGCUGAAGAGGGCAGCUGACCUGGUGGAGGCCCUCUAUGGGAUGCCUCACAACAAUCAGGAGAUCAUCUUGAAGCGAGCCGCUGACAUCGCUGAAGCACUCUACAGCGUUCCCAGGAACCACAACCAGAUCCCGUCGCUAGGCAACAGCGCAUCCCACGGCAUGAUGGGAGUCAACUCUUUCAGCGGACAACUGUCCGUCAACGUGUCAGACAGUACACAAGGUACUUGUACCAUCGGCUACAGUCGGAACACCAGCAGUGUCUCGCCACGGGGAUACGUCCCAAGCUCUACCCCCCAACAGAGUAACUAUGGCAACACCGUCAGCAACAGCAUGAACGGCUACGGCAACAACAGCAAUUUAGGAGUAGCAACUUCCCCCGGCUUCCUCAACGGGGCGACCGGCAACUCCCCCUACGGCAUGGUCCCCUCCAGUCCCACCAUGGUGUCCAGCUGUAACUCCUCUCAUGGGGUCUUCUCCUUCUCGGCUGCUGUCAAACAGAAGAGCGCCUUCGCUCCCGUUGUCCGACCUCCGGCUUCACCUCCUCCUGCCAACUGCUCCGGGAACAACUCCAACGGGCUGCAAGCAAUGUCCGGCCUCGUCGUCCCUCCGAUGUAAAGCGUCCUCCUCUUGGUUCUCUUGAGUCUCCUCCCCCUCAGCCACUAGCACCAAUCACCUCAAAGGAGGCGUACCAGUCAGGACGGAGUAUUGAUCCUGAAAAAGAAAGUGUUGUCUCUGAUUGGACAUUUCUGAUGUUGCACUGUGUUUAAGUACAAACUGUGAGGUCACAACUUUGACUUCACAGCAGUUGAUUGGUCACCCGCUGAAGAGGUGAACAAGCGAGGAACCUGAAUGUCCCCGAGGAGGACGGACGGGCAGCAUCCUGGUCAUAAACCCUCCUCCACAUGUGGCUGAAGGAGGACACUUCCUCUUUAGGCAGGACGGAAGGAAACAGAAGGUAGAAGGAUACAUCCAGUUAGGUUUCCUACUGAGGAAGCUAGGCAGGAGGAAGCUCACUAGUUCUGUAGCAAGGAGAGAGAACAGAUUGAAUAAAGAGGAGCACAAACCGCAGACCAAAGUACACAUGCUAUUUGAUAGUAACAAAACAAAUUCUUAUUUCUUUUUCACAACUUUUCAUGGGUUUGCUUUAAAAUAACAACUGAAUGGAAACUUUAGUGUGGAGGCAGGGAGGAUGGAGGAAGCAAGAUGAGGGAGGUUUUCAUGGAGGGAACGAGGGGUCAGAAGGCUUCUUACGUAGGGUUUAGGAUGAAGGAAAGGAAACAUGGUAGCUGAGCUUGGUCCUAAUUGGAUCAAAUCCAUCCAACAAAACCCUCCUGUUGGUUUACCUCUGCUGCUGUUGGCCAAUCAGAGUCCAGUAUUGUGACCGGACAGGAAGAAUUGAAGAGAGAUGUAGAAGCUGAAGACUUUGGUGGUUUUAAUAGUUUCAGUGGACAAAGAGCUCAGUGAACUAACUUAUCUUUGUCCCCUCACUAGCCCCUCCUCUUCUCCCUUUA